UUAAGGUUCAGAUAUCUAUGGAAACUCUUACACAGCGAACCGCACAAUUUAGAGCCAUAGAACGACGACUUUUGACUAGGUUUAAGGACAAGACUCCAGUUCCCCUGACCAACCUAGAUAUGCUACUGGAGGGAACAUAUAAACAGGUUCUGUUGUCCUGUGAUCAGGUUGAAAGCAUGCAUCGAGAUCUUGAUAAAUCUAGCGCUAACCUUUCAUGUAUUAUCAGAUUACUGUUGAUGUUGGCUAAACUAAGCUUGGGAUUAGAUGAUGCUGAACUAGAAAAGCUUGAAGCUGCUCUCCCCCCUGUAAUACAGACAGGACAGGACCAGGGUUGGGAGGAGACAACAGAUGCUGGUCUAACCUUCCUGCUCCGAACCGCUCUAGCCAAGGCAGGCAGAGAAAAUCAAGGAGCCACACCCAUCACUCUAGAGUAUCCUAAGGAGAUAUCAAGACUCAAGAAGCACGUUUCCUCUGUUAUGGACAGGAUUAACAAGGGCAGCAAAGUUCAAGAUAUUAACGUUCUCCCUGAUUCCUCACCGUUCGUUCAUGAAGUUAUUAAAGAUGAUUCUUUUGAUACUGAAGCUUUAGAGGUUGUGGGUAGAAGUAUUCCCGAGAUGACUCCAGCAGGAACAAGGUUUGGAGAAUCUGGAGAAAGAAUAAGAUCUGCCAGAAUCCGAUCAGCUCGUUCUGCCCGAUCUGCUCGGUCAUCAUCUAGUCGGUCAUCUUACUCCCGUCCUACCACCAGUUCCUCUAUGCGUGGACAAGCUGGGGACAUACCUCCUGAUGGUCCUGUAGACCUAGAGGAACUAGAGAGGAACCUACCUCCCCUACUCCCCCAGAGCCUGGAGAGAAAGAAUAUUGAGAGUCCUGCUGAGAUAUUUGCUACUCCCGCAGCUGCAGAAGACGACAUUUGGUAAAAUCAACUUGAAAUCACACCACCAGCUGCUGAAGACGACAUUUGGUAAAAUCAACCAGAAAUCACAAGCAGCUGCUGAAGAAAAAAUUCGGUAAAAUCCACCAUGAAAUCACACCAGCAGCUGCUGAAGACAACAUUUGGUAAAAUCAACCAGAAAUUUCACAAGCAGCGGCUGAAGAUGAUAUUUGGUAAAAUCACAAGCAUUACACAUCAGUAGAAGAAUUCAACACCAAAAAAAA